AUGAAAAAAGAAAAUAAUUCAUUGUUAUCAUCAAGAUAUAGAAUAAUAUUAGGAGGUUUUUUAAUUCAUUGUACCUUAGGAAGUAUUUAUUGUUUUUCUAAUAUAAGUGUAUAUGUAAUAUCAUAUAUGAAAAUAAUAGGAUGUUCUGAUGUAAAAUAUAAAGAUAGUAGUUGGAUAUAUGUGUUGACAUUGUUAUUUCAAUGUUUUUUUGGUUUUUUUGGAGGAAUAUUAAAUCAGAAUUUAGGACCACAAAUAAGUGUCUUAUUAGGUGGAUGGUUAAUGUGUUUAGGAAUUUUAUUAUCAUAUUUUACAGUUUUUAAUUUUUAUUUAUUUUUAAUGACAUAUGGAAUAUUAUGUGGAAUAGGUUGUGGAAUAGCUUAUCCGAUUCCUUUAUCUGUGGCAGUGAAAAAGCACUAUGACUACAAAGGAGUGAUUAGCGGUAUCAUAUUCAUAGGGAGAGGACUAUCCGUGUUCAUUAUUUGUCCGCUACAAAAUUAUUACAUAAACAAAUACAAUUAUAUGCCAGAUUAUAUGCCAGAAAUAGAAAAUUCGGAUGAGAAAUAUUUUAGUAACUUAGAUAUAUUAAAUAAGGUACCGUAUUUGUUUAUAUAUGAAGGUAUAUUUUUUGCUAUAAUUCAGUUUUUUGGUUCUUAUUUGAUUGCAGAUUCAGGUGAUACAUCUAAGGAUUUCAUGGCUUAUAAUGAUAGGAAUAAUAAAGUGUUAUAUUUUGAAGAGAAAAGUUUUACAAAUAAGCCUAAUGGUUUAUCUAAUUCUUUAAGAACAUUAUCAAAUACAUCUAAUUUUUCAUUUAGAGAAGCAAAUAAUACAUUUAUUAAUCGUGAAUUUAUAUUAAUAUGGUUAAUGAUAUUUUUUAACUGGCAAGCAAUAUCAUAUACUCAAGUUUUUUGGAAGAUAUUUGGAAUGAAUUAUUUAUUAAUAGAUGAUAGAUCUUUAUCAAUAUUAGGAUCAGUAUCUUCUCUAUUUAAUAUUUUUGGUAGGAUUUUUUGGGGAGUUAUAAGUGACUUUACAAGUUUUAAAACAACAUUAAUAUUAAUGAGUUUUAUGAUGAGUUUCUUAACAAUCACAUUAACCAUGUCAGGAUUUUAUGGUAUUAUAACAUAUUCUAUAUGGGUAUGUCUUAUUUUUUUUUGUCAUGCUGGCACAUUUGCUGUAUUUCCAUCUAUAACUGCUCAUACAUUUGGAACUAAAAAUUUUGGACCCGUAUUUGGACUCCUAUUUACAGCAAGAGCUUUUUCAAGUAUUAUAAAUGCAAUGAUAUCAGCAGUCUUAUUAAAUAAUAUUGGUAACGUCGCUAUGUGUGCUAUUGUUUCCUUAUCAUCCUUUGUCAGCAUCAUGUUAGCAUUAGCAUUUUAA